GAAGUGUGUCAUCUCUGUGGUUUUAGCUCUCCACUUAGAGUAGGCGACAUACAAUUUCAGUUACAGAUUUGUUUAAAGAACACCAGCCUCGUCGAAGUUUGCUUUACGUUAAUGGUCGCGUCCUGACAGCGAAUAUAUACACACACAACUCGUAUUGUUAGAGAAGUAAAAACCUGCAACACCACUUUUAUUUUGACUACAGUUUGACAAGACAGGUGCAAGAGACAUUCGAUGGGAUGAGCGGCCUCAGGCUCCGGAGGUGUCUCACUCGAGCAAACCUGAAGGAGCAGCACUGGACGCGGUUCACUGCUCGCCUAAUCUGUCACUAUUUAAGUUACCACCUUAGUGCCAGAGCGACGCCCGGAUCCGCCUCCUGUCCUCCGGACGGAUUCCGCAGGCAGAGAUUACGGAACAAACCUGCACAUCCCACCAAUGUAAAUGGGAACAUGCUAACAGUGACUAAACAGGAAGAUGAAGACAAAGAGAAGCAGUAAACGACAUUUUGCUUUCUUUGCUGCGGUAACCUUUUCUUUGUGUUUGCGUACAAGUGCAAACCAUACCGGCCAUCCCGGAGUUAUAAACGACACCUGGGAUUCUACCAGCCCAAACCCAAGUGGAAGCCUGAACACAACUGAAGCUAAUACACACUCGCCUUCAAGCACCAAUUUCAACAGCAAAACAGUGGCUACUUCUGAAAUGCAGCCAGCCACCUCUCAACCCCCAUCUUCAACAACGGCCUCGAAUCCUCCAACAUUUUCUCCUGCCCAAAGUGCCGUUUCUGCCACUGGAGGACCGAGGAACACCACCAAACCCAAGACGACAACGACAAAAGAAACGUGUGAAGACAAUAAGCCUCUUAUACUGAUUUGCUUCAUUAUAAUAGCAGUACUUGUGCUUAUCUGCACCUUCCUAUUUCUGUCGACAGUUGUAAUAGCAAACAAAAUGUCCUAUCUCAAAAAAUCUAAACAAGGCAAACGUACGCCCAGGAGCAACGGUGAUUUUCUGGCUGCUAACAGCUUAUGGCCGACGGCGGCAGGAACAUGGCAGAGGAUGCCCAAGGAGGCAGCCGGAACCGACUUGAUAAUGCAAGACUUGAUAUCCGAGCGAGAUGCCAUAAUGCAAAGGAGAACUGAAGAUGGAACAACCGAGAAACUCACCAAGGAAACGGCUAACGAACAGGAAUACAAAGACUCAAAGUCACACGAAAGCAUUUUAACCGAUUUUGUUGUAGUUGAGAUUUAAAUCGUAUGUAGGUAAAAACUCAGCUUUACCUUUCUACCUCAUUCAUAUGAGGUUAAAAACUCAGCUUUCAAGUAACAACGUGAAUUGUAACAUGUGAAAAUGAAGUUCAGAUCUUACAUGGGCUUUUUUGUUUUAUAACAGCAAUGCUGCAGCAACUUGUAGUUCUAGAAGAGAUUAAGAUGGUUUUAAGUAGCUUUCAGAAAUCGUGUCAGGAUUGUUCUUACUCCACUGACCAGAAAUCACGGUUGAAGGAGCUGAACAGGAUAAAACAACAGGACAGAAAUCUGCCUAUUCUCAAGGAUCAUUAGGGGAAAAGAGGAAAGGACUGAGAGUCUAGUAGGCAUGCCACAACACAAAGUGCUAUCUAGGGGUACCUAAGCUGCUAUUUUAACAGAAGCAUAAUGCAGUCACUAUUUUACUUGAUGCGGUUACUGAAUCAGGAACUAGUGUGUCUCAAAAUGCUGUUUCAGUUUUUCCAUUAAAAAUGUCUUACACCAGCUUAGUUGCUUUUGAAACAGACUGAGAGCAACCACAUAUAAUAUGCUUUGAGUCCGUGCACGAAUAUACGUUUGUAUGAUAUGUUCAGAUAUAAGAACUCUUUCAGUUUGUCAUCACUAAUAAACUAACAAUAUAAGUUUUUACAUAA